AUGUUCAAAAAACGGCAAAAACCCCAGGAACCCCAAAACUAUCAGCAGCCCGAAAACAACAAUCUUAAAAAAGUGGAAAGUGUUCAAGCCCCAGUUACACCAGUGAAAAAAGAGACCCUCAGGUUUCAGUGUCAGUUGGCUCAUGGCAGUCCCUUAGUGUUUAUUGCUGGUUUCUCAAAUGUGAAAGAGUUGUACCAGAAAAUAGCGGAAACUUUCGAGUUUCCCGUAUCGGAAAUUUUGUUCUGCACCCUAAACACAUACAAAAUUGAUAUGAAACAACUAUUGGGCGGCCAAAUCGGUUUGGAAGACUUUAUAUUUGUCCACAAAAAAGGCAGACCCAAAGAAGUGGAGCUGGUUAAAUUAGAAGAUUCAUUGGGCCUUACUAUCACAGACAAUGGUGCUGGUUACGCAUUCAUUAAAAGGAUUAAAGAGGGUUCUGUUAUACACAGCAUAGAGCACAUAAUGAUUGGAGACCAUAUAGAAAAGCUGAAUGGAGAGUACAUGGUGGGAAAGAGACAUUUUGAGGUGGCCAAAGCACUUAAAAACAUUCCAACAGGAUCCACUUUCACUAUACGUUUGGUGGAACCAAUGAAGUCUGGCUUCAACCUUAUAGCCCCCAAAAAUUCAAAGUAUAGCAGCAAAAAAUCGUAUGGUUCCGGUAAAGAGACCUUGAGAUUCAAAGCUGGAGGCCAGGCUCAAAUAGAGGAGCAAGAUGAUAUUUUGGAUGCUGGUAUUGAGAAAAUAAAUACGAUUUUAGAGACUUACAUGGGGAUAAAUGAUUGUGAUUUGGCCACAAAUAUUUGGGAACAUUCAGUAGAUAAGGCAAAUUCCUUAGAUUUUGCUGAAGCAAUAGAUGAUUCAGAAUUAGCUGCAUUUGAGUUUACAGAUGAUCUGAUCAUUGAACUUUGGGGUGCAAUAACUGAUGCAAGAGAUGGAAGAUAA